AGUGGGAAUACCGCGUUCCUCGAAAGUGGCGUUGAUUCUUUCUGUAUGCUUCGUCUAUAACAAUUUCAUUGUAGUCUACAGUAUUUCUACUGUCCAUUCAAAGUUUACUUGCAAAAUUCAACUUUUUAUGGGCCAAAAUACGGAGUAAAAUGGGAUAACAUGACGCACAUAUCAUAGACGCUGUAAUUCUACGGAACAGGUAAAAUUGUGAUUUGAAAGAAAUGCCGUUGCGCGCAAAAUAGUAAAUUUGACAUUAUAGCAAACAUCUUGCAUGAUUUCUGCAUGUUUUAUAAGUUUCCUUCAACUGUUGUUGAUAGACGAAAAUUUAAGUGAAUAUAGGGGGGGGGUUUCCUGAGCUGUUUAAUUAAGUUUGUUCAGUAUUCUUGACAGUGCACCAUAUUCCUUCAAUCUAGCAGGUCGAUACUUCACGGAUGCUACAGUUUUAUUGGUCACUGCUUUCCAAGUCACUGUCCGACUUCAUAAAUAUCUGCAUUAUUUUGCUUUUUUGGUGUACCAGUGGUUUUGUUUCUCAGAAAUUCCAUAAUUUGAUAACAAAAGCUUUACACUAGCAUAUUGUGCAAGUAUUCCGUGACAUUCUCUCAAUUUGUCAGGUGUAUCCGUCUUAUAUUUUCGUUACUACAAAUCAGUUCGCCACAAUUCCUUGAUAUGUCUUUUUGCUUGUACCUAGUAGGAACGGUAAUUACGUAAUCACAAUGCAGCCACCUUAAUGGUUGAUAUGUUCCGCUUCUCGUCGGCUAAAAAAUUACAGUGCGAUCCAUGUUCCAGCUAUAUAAUAUGCUAUGUAAAGAUUUGACUUAAGUCUAACUAAUCAAAAAACUCGGUGGAUGGAGGUGAAUGUUAUAAUCACUGACAACAAACAGUGUUACAUAGUAUGCUGUAAUAUUGCAUGCUCUAUGCUAGUAAUCCCUUAGCGACUAACCUACUACUCUGCAAAAGUUAUUUGUAUCAAUACAUAAUUUAUUUGAUUCCUUGUGUUUUAAAUGACAGUCGAAUUACAUUUAACUCUCCUCCCUUUUUUCAGGUUUUAUAUCUUAUCAUAAUUAGAGAAGUGAUAUUUGUGUUGAGGAAAAUGGAUAUUUAUCGGGCUGUGAAAAAUUAUCUUAACAGAAUGAUUUCAGUAGCUGAUGGUGGUAUGAAAGUAUUAAUGCUUGAUCAAGAAACAUUGAAGAUAGUCAGUGUAGUUUGUUCAAUGUCUGAAAUUAUGAAAUAUGAUGUUUAUUUAAUUGAACGUAUUGAUGCACCGCGUGAACCUUUGGAACAUUUACGUUGUAUAUGUUUCUUAAGACCAACCAAAGAAAAUAUUAAUUUGUUAUUUAAAGAAUUAAGAAAACCAAAUUACUUUUCCUACCACUUAUUUUUCAGUCAUUCUAUAACUAAACAAUUACUGAAACAAUUAGCAGAAGCUGAUGAAAAUGAAUUAGUUGUAGAAGUCCAGGAGUACUACGCUGAUUUCAUCCCAUUAUCACCAUUUUUAUUUGAAUUAGACAUACCAAUUAGUCUAAAUGAAAGUAGAAAUUUGAAAAAUGGUGUGUUGAAUCGAUCAACCGAUGGUUUAACAUCCGUAUUAUUAGCUUUAAAAAAAUGUCCAAUUAUACGCUACCAGAAUGCUUCAGAGGUCGCACGUCAACUAGCUGAGUCUAUACGGUCAUUUAUAUCACGAGAGACUGUAAUAUUUGACUUUAAGCAAUCAGAACAUGUUCCUGUCCUGCUUAUAUUAGAUAGGAGACAAGACACAGUUACACCGUUACUAUCACAAUGGACAUAUGAAGCUAUGGUUCAUGAGUUAAUUGGUAUUACACAGAAUCGUGUCAGUUUAUCUAGAGCGCCAAAUAUCAAGUCGGAAUUAAAAGAGAUUAUUUUAAGUCGUGAAUUUGAUGAAUUCUAUCGAACUAAUCAAUUUUCCAAUUUUGGUGAUAUUGGUCAAUCAAUUAAACAACUUGUAGAAAACUUUCAAAAAGCCUCUAAAUCUGUGGAUACCAAAAAUUUAGAAUCAAUUGGUGAUUUAAAACGAUUUUUAGAAAAUUUUCCUGCUUUUCGUAAAACAUCCGGUACUGUCGAUACACAUGUUACAUUGAUGUCCGAAUUGUCUAGAAUUGUUAAAGAACAUGCUUUGCUAGAAAUAAGUGAAGUAGAACAAGAACUGGUAUGUCGUGAUAAUCAUUCUUCAAUCUUAUCACGUAUUAAAAGUUUAAUAAGUGAUCCAAGGAUUCUUCUCUCAGAUGCCUUAAGAUUAGUUCUUCUUUAUGCUUUACGUUAUAGCAAGCAAAAACAAGAAUUAACUGGAUUAAUUCAAUCACUUGUUACACGCGGCGCAACAGAUGAUGAUAUUCGAACUAUUGACAAUUUAUUAGAGUAUUCUUGGCCGAUCUCCGUUUCCGAUGGUUUCGACUUAUUUCAUGUCAUGAAGACUGGAAGUGUCCACACAACAACAACGUCACUUGUUGAUAGUCAAGCAGCUACAAAAGCGAUGGCUUCAUUAAAAAAACGUUUAGUUCAAGAAUUAAAAGGUGUCAAUAAUGUUUAUACACAACAUGAACCAUUGUUAGUCGAAAUUUUGAAUAAAUUAAUUAAAGGUCAGUUGCCUGAUGCUUCAUUUCCAAGUUUAGCUACUGGUGCUUGUUGGAAAACUAUACCUAGUGGUCAACGUCCAAAAGAAAUUAUUGUCUUCUUCAUUGGUGGUGUUACUUAUGAAGAAGUUUGUAGUUUGCAUAAAAUCAAUUGUUCCACACUGGGUGUCGACAUUGUUUUAGGUGGUACAUGUGUUCAUAACUCAAGGACGUUUUUACAAGAAGUUUAUUCAGUGACAAAAAGUGUCGGUAUUGCAAAAUCAUCAAAUUCUGUGGAACCAACUCGUCGUUUAUAUGGAAAUUCAAGAAGUAACAUCCUUUACGGAUUAUUACAAUAAGUAAUAGUAAUACUAGUUAUUAUUGUUGUUCGAAUUAAGUGCACAUCUUAUCUGUUGUCCAAUUAUCUGUGAUAAUCAUUUCAUUUUUUGUUGUCUUCUCUACCUUAACUUUUUCAAUAUUACAUAUUACGUCAGCAAACAAUGGUUGUUUUUUUAACCAAUUUUGUAGUAAUAUAAACAUCAAAUUUUGUUGAAUAUACGACAAAUACUUUUACGAUGAUCUUAU